ACUCAGCAAUUAGUCCGGGAAAGUAUUGAUUUUAGAGUAGAAGAAUUAUGCAGUGUUUGAGAUCAAGGAAGAAUAUGGUUCGUAGGGUUUUGAGGUUGCGAAUUAAUGGUGUCUUCUUCUUCAAGCUUUUCUUUCAUGAUGAAUGGCAAUGUCGAAUAUGUAUUUCAAGAAUGAUUUGGUUAAUGCCCAAAGGGUCUUUUCUGAAACAGAGUUAUUUGUGGUGUUCUUCUGGGGAUUUUGUGCGAAAAUAUGAAGGAGAUACCCAUGAAGCAGGUAUCUGGUAAUUCAAUUUCAAGAAACCCUUCUGCUAUAAAUGGCGAAGAAGAGAGGCGGGAGGAUUUUUAACAAAGAAGAAAUUACAGAAGAUUGGUGCUUUGAAUGUAAAGAUGGAGGAGAUCUCAUGAUUUGUGAUUAUGGGCGAUGUUUGAAAGCUUAUCACCCUGCAUGUGUGGGGAAAGAUGACUCAGUUUUGACAAGUGAUGAACAAUGGAUAUGUGGACGGCAUACAUGCUUAAUUUGCAACGGAAGUUCAUAUUAUCAAUGUUAUUGUUGCGAUAGAGCUGCAUGCUCUCGCUGCAUUGGUCGAAUAGAUUUUGUCCAUCAUAAAGGGAAGAAUGGAUUCUGCAAUAACUGCCUAAAGCUCGCAUUGCUUGUGGAAGAAGACAGGAAUAUUGAUUCUGAUGGGGAAAGUGUAGACCUCAGAGAUCGGGAAACAUACGAGGGCCUUUUCAGGGAGUAUUACGAGAUAGUAAAGAAAAAAGAAAAAUUUGACAAAAAUAUUCUUCUUGCUGGUAAGGCGCAACUAGACAAGGAGAAGAUUUGUCAUUUUAGCUCUUAUUCAGAUAAAUGUUGUGAGAAAGAGGAUGAGCAGCUUUCAUCGGACAAUGAAGAUUUCAGUGAUGGAGAACCUCAGAAGAAAAAGUUUAAAAUGAAAAGAUGUGCACAGCAGAAAAGAUGUACACAGCAGAAAACAAAGAUGCAAAGAAAAGUCAACUGCAGCCUUGAACAAAACAAGAUAUCCUCAAUUUGGUAUUCAACUGCAGCACAAAGUCAAUUUGCAGCCUUGAUUCCUGAAAAUAUCAAACUUGUUUACCUGAAGAGGAGCUUGGUGCUGGAGAUGAUCAAGAAGCCUGAGUCAAUUGAAACCAAGAUUAUAGGAAGUUUUGUUCGGGUCAAGUUAGAUCCAUGUGAUUCUGAGCAGCGUACCUCUCAUCAGCUUGUGCAAAUUGCAGGAGUGUUCUCAGUGAUCAAGCAUGGUUCAAGUGAUAAGUGCAAGAGCGAGAGUUUAGUUCAAGUUUCAAAUAUGGCCAGAGAUGUUUGCUUGACCAGGCUUUCUGAUGAUGAGAUUUCUGAGGAAGAGUGUGAUGAGCUCAGAAGGAAGGUGAAAGCCGGCCUUCUAAAAAAGCUUACAAUUGUGGAGCUUGAACAGAGAGCUAAACUCCUUCAUGAGGACAUCACAAAGCAUAGGAUUGCUCAAGAGCUGAAAUUGUUGAAGAUACGCAUUGAUGUGGCAAAUGAAAAAGGACGGAGAUAUGAAUAUCCUUUUUUCCUUCUUUAUUUUGGUGACUAAAUUAGUAGUAUUUUACAGAACACCAAACCAGU